GCUGCCCCAGCUUGGCCGGGCGCAGAGCGGGGCGCAUGGCGCCGGGCGCACUGCGCGGGGGCUGCGAACAAAGGGCCCCCGGCGGCGGCGCGAGGACGGCCGCGCUCGGACCCUGGCCCUGGCCCAGCCCUGGCCCGGCCCCCUCUCCAGGCGCAGCGCACCCCCGGAGCCGAAAAAUGAGCUGCGCCCUGCUCUGGCUGUUGCUCCCGCUCCUGCUCCUACUGCUGUCGGCGCGGGACGGCGUGCGCGCCGCGCAGCCUCAGGCCCCGGGUUACCUGAUUGCAGCUCCAUCUGUUUUUCGCGCGGGCGUGGAGGAAGUCAUCAGCGUGACCAUCUUUAACUCCCCAUGGGAAGUCAUAGUCCAGGCUCAGCUGGUGGCCCAGGGUGAGCCGGUGGUGCACAGCCAGGGAGUCAUCCCGGAUAAAGGGACAAUCAAACUCAAGGUGCCCACGGGCCUCCGGGGCCAGGCGCUUCUGAAGGUGUGGGGCCGCGGCCGGCAGGCGGAGGAGGAGCCCCUCUUUCACAACCAGACCUCGGUGACCGUGGACGGCCGGGGUGCUUCCGUGUUCAUCCAGACGGACAAGCCUGUGUACAGACCCCAGCACCGAGUGCUCGUAAGCAUCUUCACCGUCUCCCCAGAUCUGAGGCCUGUCAACGAGAAGCUGGAAGCCUACAUCCAGGACCCCCGAGGCUCUCGGAUGAUAGAGUGGAGACACUUGAAGCCGUUCUGCUGCGGCAUCACCAACGUGAGCUUCCCCUUGUCCGACCAGCCUGUGUUGGGAGAAUGGUUCAUUUUUGUUGAAAUGCAAGGCCACGCGUACAACAAGUCUUUUGAAGUUCAGAAGUAUGUGUUGCCCAAGUUCGAGCUCCUGAUUGACCCGCCCCGGUAUAUCCGAGACCUGGACGCCUGUGAGACAGGCACUGUGCGAGCCAGGUAUACCUUUGGGAAACCCGUGGCUGGUGCCUUAACGAUCAACAUGACUGUUAAUGGUGUGGGGUACUACAGCCACGAGGUGGGACGCCCCGUCCUCAGAACAACCAAGAUCCUCGGGUCCCAGGACUUCGACAUCUGCGUGAGGGACAUGAUCCCAGCGGACGUCCCUGAGCACUUCCGGGGCAGGGUCAGCAUCUGGGCCACAGUGACCAGUGUGGACGGGAGCCAGCAGGUGGCGUUCGACGACUCCACCCCCGUGCAGAGGCAGCUGGUGGACAUCCGGUACUCCAAGGACACGAGGAAGCAGUUCAAGCCGGGCCUGGCCUACGUGGGGAAGGUGGAGCUAUCCUACCCAGAUGGCAGCCCAGCUGAGGGGGUGACGGUCCAGAUUAAGGCAGAGCUGACACCGAAGGAUAACAUCUACACCAGUGAAGCUGUGUCCCAGGGUGGACUGGUGGGGUUUGAAAUCCCCUCUAUCCCCACGUCAGCCCAGCAUGUGUGGCUUGAGACCAAGGUGACAGCACUGAACGGAAAGCCCGUGGGGGCUCAGUACCUGCCCAGCUACCUCUCCCUCGGAAGCUGGUACUCCCCCAGCCAGUGCUACCUGCAGCUACAGCCACCCUCCCACCCACUGCAGGUUGGGGAAGAAGCCGAUUUUUCUGUGAGGUCCACAUGUCCCUGCAACUUUACCCUGUACUACGAGGUGGCUGCGCGGGGCAAUAUUGUGCUAUCGGGCCAGCAGCCUGCCCACGUCACCCAGCAGCGAAGCAAGCGGGCAGCCCCUGCCCUGGAGAAACCGAUUCGUUUAACACACCUUUCUGAGACAGAGCCCCCACCAGCCCCAGCAGCUGAGGUCAAUGUGUGUGUGACCUCUCUUCGUCUGGCCGUGACCCCCAGCAUGGUCCCCCUCGGUCGCCUGCUGGUCUUCUAUGUCAGGGAGAAUGGAGAAGGGGUCGCCGACAGCCUUCAAUUUGCAGUUGAGACCUUCUUCGAAAACCAGGUUUCAGUGACGUAUUCAGCAAAUGAGACCCAACCUGGGGAGGUUGUCGACCUGCGGAUCAGGGCUGCAAGGGGCAGCUGUGUGUGUGUCGCCGCAGUUGAUAAGAGUGUCUACCUGCUCAGGUCUGGGUUCCGGCUGACUCCUGCCCAGGUUUUCCAGGAACUGGAAGAUUAUGAUGUUUCUGAUUCCUUUGGCGUGUCCAGAGAGGAUGGUCCUUUUUGGUGGGCUGGGCUGAUGGCCCAACGACGCCGGCGCUCCUCCGUCUUCCCGUGGCCUUGGGGCAUCACCAAGGACUCUGGGUUUGCCUUCACCGAAACGGGACUAGUGGUGAUGACCAACCGAGUGAGCCUGAACCACCGGCAGGAUGGUGGCCUCUACACUGAUGAGGCUGUCCCCGCUUUCCAGCCCCACACAGGGAGCCUGGUGGCAGCAGCUCCUUCCAGGAACCCCCCCAGAACAGAGAAGAGAAAAAGGACUUUCUUCCCUGAAACAUGGAUUUGGUAUUGUCUCAACAUCAGUGACCCAUCUGGUGAGGAGACACUCAGCGUGAAGGUCCCGGACUCCAUCACUAGCUGGGUGGGUGAGGCCACGGCCCUGUCCACCUCUCAGGGCUUAGGCAUCGCCGAGCCCUCCCUGCUGAAGACCUUCAAGCCCUUCUUUGUGGACUUCACGCUCCCCCGUCUCAUCAUCCGUGGGGAGCAAGUCAAGAUCCCGCUCAGUGUCUACAACUACAUGGGCAUCUGUGCUGAGGUGUACAUGAAGCUCUCGGUUCCCAAGGGCAUCCAGUUUUUUGGGCAUCCUGGCAAACGCCAUCUGACUAAGAAGAUGUGUGUGGCCCCUGGGGAGGCUGAGCCGGUUUGGGUCGUUCUGUCCUUCAGUGACCUGGGGCUCAACAACAUCACAGCCAAAGCUCUUGCUUACGGAGACACAAAUUGCUGCCGGGAUGGGAGGUCCAGCAAACACCCGGAGGAGAAUCACGCCGACAGGAGGGUCCCCAUCGGGGUGGAUCACGUCAGGCGCAGUGUGAUGGUUGAGGCCGAAGGAGUUCCCCGGGCGUACACCUACAGCGCAUUCUUCUGUCCCAGUGAGAGAGUCCACAUCUCCACCCCCAACAAGUAUGAGUUCCAGUAUGUGCAGCGGCCACUGCACCUCACCCGCUUUGAUGUGGCUGUGCGAGCUCACAAUGAUGCCCGUGUGGCCUUGUCUUCUGGGCCCCAGGACACAGCAGGCAUGAUCGAGAUCGUCCUGGGGGGUCAUCAGAACACCAGGUCAUGGAUCUCCACCAGCAAGAUGGGAGAGCCCGUGGCCAGUGCACACACGGCCAAGAUCCUCUCCUGGGAUGAAUUCAGAACAUUCUGGAUCAGCUGGCAUGGUGGCCGUAUCCAGGUUGGCCACGGUCCAGAGCCGUCCAACGAGUCUGUCAUUGUGGCCUGGACCCUCCCGAGGCCACCAGAGGUCCAGUUCAUUGGCUUUUCCACUGGCUGGGGCUCCAUGGGUGAAUUCCGAAUCUGGAGGAAGAUGGAGGUGGAUGAGAGCUACAGCGAGGCCUUCACCCUGGGGGUCCCGCACGGUGCCAUCCCUGGGUCUGAGCGGGCCGCCGCCUCCAUCAUCGGGGACGUCAUGGGGCCAACCCUGAACCACCUCAACAACCUCCUGCGGCUGCCCUUUGGCUGUGGAGAGCAGAACAUGAUCCACUUUGCUCCCAACAUCUUUGUCUUGAAGUAUCUUCAGAAAACCCAGCAGCUCAGCCCUGAGGUGGAGAGAGAGACCACCGACUACCUAGUACAAGGCUACCAGCGCCAGCUGACCUACAAGCGCCAGGAUGGCUCCUACAGCGCGUUUGGGGAGCGGGACGCAUCGGGGAGCAUGUGGCUCACAGCCUUUGUUCUGAAGUCCUUCGCACAGGCUCGCAGCUUUAUCUUCGUGGACCCCCGGGAGCUGGCUGCCUCCAAGCGCUGGAUCAUCCAACAGCAGCAGGCCGAUGGCUCCUUCCCAGCCGUGGGCAGGGUCCUGAACAAGGACAUCCAGGGUGGGAUCCACGGCACUGUCCCGCUGACAGCCUACGUGGUGGCUGCUCUCCUGGAAACAGGCACAGCCUCAGAGGAGGAGAGAGGCUCCAUUGACAAAGCGAGGCACUUCCUGGAGUCUGCUGCACCCCUGGCCAUGGACCCCUACAGCUGUGCCCUGACUACCUACGCACUGACCCUGCUCCACAGCCCAGCAGCCCCUGAGGCACUGCGCAAGCUCCGUAGCCUGGCCAUCAUGAGAGAUGGGGUCACCCACUGGAGCCUGACAAAUUCCUGGGACAUGGACAAGGGCACAUUAUUGAGCUUUGGUGACAGGACCUCUCAGUCAGUGGUCUCGGCCGAGGUGGAAAUGACAGCCUACGCCCUUCUGACCUACACUCUGCUGGGUGACGUGGCCGCCGCCCUGCCUGUGGUGAAGUGGCUGUCCCAGCAGCGAAAUGCACUCGGGGGAUUCUCCUCCACUCAGGACACCUGCGUGGCUCUGCAGGCCUUGGCUGAAUAUGCCAUCUUGUCCUAUGCUGGAGGUAUCAACCUCACUGUCUCCCUGGCCUCCACCAACCUGGACUUCCAGGAAACCUUCGAGCUGCACAGGACCAACCAAAAGGUUCUGCAGAUGGCAGCGAUCCCCAGCCUCCCCACAGGGCUGUUUGUGAGUGCCAAGGGGGACGGCUGCUGCCUGAUGCAGAUUGAUGUCACCUACAAUGUGCCUGACCCGGUGGCCAAGCCGGCUUUCCAACUGCUCGUAAGCCUCCAGGAGCCCGAGGCCCAGGGACGCCCGCCCCCCAUGCCUUCCUCCUCAGCUGAGGGUUCCCGAGGAGACAGACCCCCAGCUGACGAUGAUGACCCAGCGGCCGAUCAGCACCACCAGGAAUACAAGGUGAUGCUGGAGGUGUGCACCAGGUGGCUGCACGCAGGAUCUUCCAAUAUGGCUGUCCUCGAGGUGCCCCUGUUGUCAGGCUUCCGGGCAGACAUCGAGAGUCUGGAGCAGCUGCUCCUUGACAAGCACAUGGGGAUGAAGAGGUAUGAAGUGGCUGGACGCCGAGUGCUCUUCUACUUUGAUGAGAUCCCCAGCCGGUGCCUGACGUGUGUGCGGUUCCGUGCGCUCCGGGAGUGCGUGGUGGGCAGGACGUCGGCGCUGCCAGUCUCCGUGUACGACUACUACGAGCCCGCCUUCGAGGCCACUCGCUUCUACAACGUCAGCGCGCACAGCCCACUCGCCCAGGAACUGUGCGCCGGACCCGCGUGCAACGAGGUGGAGCGCGCCCCUGCCCGGGGCCCGGGCUGGUCCCCCGGCGAGUCGGGCCCUGGGGUGGCCCCUGAGGAGGGGGCGGCGAUCACGCGAUGCGGCUGCGACCACGACUGCGGCGCCCAAGGGGACCCAGUGUGCGGCUCCGACGGGGUGGUCUACGCCAGCACCUGCCGCCUUCGGGAGGCAGCCUGCCGCCGGGCCGCGCCUCUGGAGCCCGCGCCUCCCAGCUGCUGCGCCCUCGAACAGCCGCUGCCGGCCUCAGUGUCCUCCACCUACGGGGAUGACCUGGCUUCUGUGGCCCCGGAGCAUUUGCAGCAGGACGUGAAGCUGAGUGGAGCCGGCCUUGAGGUGGUGGACUCAGACCCUGAGCCUGAAGGGGAGGUGGAGGACAGGGUCAUGGCCAGGCCUCGGCCUCCUGCAGGCAGCGGGAACCUAGAGUACAGCACCCAGAGCGCCAGCCCGUUCCACAGAUGGGGCCAGACCCUGGCCCCUCGGAGACGUAGUGGCUGGGUGGUGGGGGCCCACUGGCCAGGGCUCCUGAGCCCCCAUGUCUUCAUCUACAGCCCAGCCUUUCCGAGUGGUGGGGAGGAGGGUUUAUGGGUGUCAAACACCUGCACCUUGAGAUAAUCCUACCACCUCAUGGAAUUGUAGGACCACAGCUUGGUCCUGGGGACCACUCAUACCCAUACACCCAGCUUGUGCCUGUGGUUAACAACUCAGAAAACUCUAGUAAAUGAUCACUCCAGGAUAUUGACACGAAUACACAUCACUGAUCUUA